AUGAUAUUUUCACCUCAUAACACAAAUUCAAAUAAUACUUCUAGUAUUUUUCCAUCAACAACAUCAAAUAAUGGACUACAAAAUUAUGUAUCACCAUCUAUUCCUGGUAUAAAUUUUAAUCCAUUUUUAUUUGCCUCCCUCCAAGCACAAAUGGAUCCAAAUUUUUUAAGAGUAUUUGCCGCCAUCCAAAAUGCACCAUUACUAAAUUUGCAAUACAAUGAAUUUUUAAGAAAUAUUUCUGCCAACUCUGAAUAUCAGAGAAAUCUUUUGCAGACGUCGGUUAUGUUGUCACAAGGAAAUUUAUCACUACCAGUACCAACAAAUUCAUCAACAACCAAAAAAGCAUCAGAUAAAUUUGAUUUUACAAAUAUUGCCAACAAUAUUACGGAUAAUAAAAUAACAGGAUCUCCAGAAACAUCAUUCUCCAGUACAAAUCAUUCCUCACCUGAAGGUGUCCAAUCAACAAUAACACCAAUACCAUGGUUUAUACGUAAAGAUGUCCCAGGUAAUAGUGGAAGAUCCUAUCGUCAAAAAAAAGAAUUUAUUUGUGAAUAUUGUAAUAGGCAAUUUACUAAAAGUUAUAAUUUAUUGAUACAUACAAGAACACAUACAGGUAUCAGACCAUAUCCAUGUGAUAAAUGUUCUAAAGCAUUUAAAAGAAAAGACCAUCUUCGUGAUCACAUGUAUACACAUUUACCUACUGAUCAUAAACCAUUUGUUUGUGAAUUUUGUUCUAAAGGAUUUACACAACGAAGAUCAUACGAAGCACAUAAAUUAACACAUGAAAAUGAUAAAAUUUAA